AAGUCCGAAAUCCAAACGAGCCCGUGAUUCUCAAUUUUCAAAAAAUUUGCCCACCACUCCCCUUUGCCAGAUCUAUCACUCAGACAAGACACAUACAAUUUAUAGUUUAUACUCCUCCCUUCCUCCUCAUCCAGUAACUCUCUCCCUCUCUCCCUCUCUCUCUCUCUCAAGCAAGCAGCAGCAGCAAUGCCAACUUCUGAUACUGACUUCGAUCUCAGCUCCUCUCCCGCAUCUGCCUUCUCAAUCGGAGAGUAUACAUUUGCUGAUGUGAAUAACCUGGAGCAUUGUGCAAAGUACUUGAAUCAGACUCUUGUUACCUUUGGUUUCCCUGCCUCUCUUGAUCUUUUCGCUAAUGAUCCGGUUUCAACCGCCCGAACCUGCAACUGCAUUUACUCUUUGCUUCAACAGAGGCAGCGCGACGUUGAAUUUAGAGAAUCUGCCAGUGAGCAGAGACAGAGACUACUAUCAGAUAUAUCGAGAUUGGAAACUAAGGUUGAGAGGCUUGAGUCGCAGUUACAGGCCAAAGAUAGAGAGAUAGCGACAAUAACUAGAACGGAAGCCAAAGCUACAGCAGCUUUUAAGGCCCAAAUUGAAAAGCUCCAACAAGAACGUGAUGAAUUUCAAAGGAUGGUAAUUGGUAAUCAGCAAGUGAGGACUCAACAAAUACAUGAAAUGAAGAAAAAAGAAAAAGAGUACAUAAAGUUGCAGGAGAGGCUAAACCAAGUGUUAAUGGAGAAAAAGAAGGAAUCACGAUCAGGCAUGGAGAUAAUGAAUUUGCUUCAGAAAGAAGGGCGGCAGCGUGGGACAUGGAAUGGAAAGAAGGCUGAUAAUGAUUUCUACAAGAAAAUUGUGGAUGCUUGUGAGGCUAAAAAUCAAGAGUUAAUGGCAGAGAAUAAUGAUUUAAGGGCGUUGCUGCGGUCAAUGCAGGUUGAUAUGCGUGAUUUCUUCAAUGCACCAAAUGGGUCAUCCAAGCAAUCUCCACCUGCCAGUGAGAGACCUGUAACAGACCCCUCACAAUCUCCCUUGGGUGGGAGGACGGAUGUGUUUGACUUGCCUUUUCACAUGGCUAGAGAUCAAAUUGAAGAAAGUCUCCGAACCAAGAUGUCUUCCAUAAAGGAGCGUAUGGUUCAACUACAAGAUGCACAGAAAGGAGCAGAAGUCACUUCUGAAGCGACUGAGAGAGAACUAGAGCUCGAAGCUCAACUUGUUGAGGCAAGAAGCAUAAUCCAGGAGCAGGCAUCUAUAAUGUCUAAGCAUCUUGCGAAGUCAGAGAGGCCAAGGGAAUCUAUCAUCUCUUCACAAGCUGAGGGAGUACGAGACCAACGUGGUUGAUGGCACUGUCUACAUCUUUGGCAUGAAGAUCGAUUCAGUUGGCUGCAUACAAAGGUGAAGGAGCCCAGCAUGUAUGUAAACAUUGUAUACUUUCCUAACCAGAAUAUCCAGUAUGGGUUGUCCUGUUUGUUGCAAAACCUUGAGAGCAUUCUUAGCUAUGGUGUUAAUGUAAUUAGUGUCUUGCAUGUGCAUACAAUUGCUUCUAGUGCAAUUUCAUCCAUCCAUCCAUCCCUUAGUUGUUUAUGGUUCUGCGAAUCGGGUUCCCCAUCGAACAUUAUAUUGCUUCUGCAAGUCGUUCUUGGAGCUCAUAUUCGUAGUUGGAUUUUGCUUGUAACCUUCGACUCUAUAAAUUAUAAGGUUAAGUGGCAGUUCUUCCUUA